AUGCCUGAACCGUCAGUCGAAAGGAAGAAAAUCGAAUUCACUAAAGCUGAUAUAGAAAGCGAAGAAGAUCGUUUACGAAGACGACUUCUUGAAAAGCGUGAAAGGGAUGCUCGACACAGCGAUGAUGAGGAAAUGUUCACAAUACAACCUAAGAAACCAAAAAGCGAUAAGCUGGAUAGGCCAAGGGACAAGCAUAGAGAACGCGAUCGAAGGGAACGUGAGCGGGAAAGGGAAGGCGAGAGAAUAAAACAUAAGCAUGGAGAACGACGUGAGAAGGAUCGCGACAGGGAUCGAGCUGAUGAUCGUCACAAGAGGAAACAUGAUGUGAGUUUUUCUUGCAUGUUUUGUAGAUUACUCGAACUCUAA